CUCGACUCGCGUGGCCUGCGUGUGGUGUCUCUGUCGGGGCUGCGGGGACGCGGCGCGGCCCGGGCGAGGGUUCCCUUUAAGUGCAGGCCCCGCCCCGGCGCCGCCCGCUGCACCGGGCCCAGGCCGACGCCGCCAUCAUGAUCUGCGUGCUGCUCGCCCUCUUCGCCCACCUCUUCCCGGCAGCCGGCAGCGGCGUGCAGGAACGCACCUUCCUGGCCGUGAAGCCGGACGGCGUGCAGCGGCGGCUGGUGGGCGAGGUGGUGCGGCGGUUCGAGACCAAGGGCUUCAAGCUGGUGGCGCUCAAGCUGGUGCAGGCGUCGGAGGAGCUGCUGCGUGAGCACUACGCCGAGCUGCGCGAGCGCCCCUUCUUCAGCCGGCUGAUCAAGUACAUGGGCUCGGGGCCCGUGGUGGCCAUGGUGUGGCAGGGCCUGGACGUGGUGCGCAUCUCGCGGGCGCUCAUUGGCGCCACCGACCCAGCGGACGCACUGCCUGGCACCAUUCGUGGCGACUUCUGCAUUGAAGUUGGCAAGAACGUGAUCCACGGCAGCGACUCGGUGGAGAGCGCACUGCGGGAGAUCGCGCUCUGGUUCCGGCCUGAGGAGCUCUUGUGCUGGGAGGACAGCACAGAGCACUGGCUGUACUAGUAGCGGGUGCGGAGCAGCUGG